AUGUCCGCCUUCCUCGACCUCGUCAACCAGAAGCUCCAAAUGAUCGCCGGCGCCCGGAGAUUGUUUACAGUCGGUGGAAAGGAAGUGAAGCGGAUCGAUGCGUUACAAAAUGAUACGGACUACGUCGCCUCGGCUAACCACUUCACCCCAAUGGCCUAUGGCCAAACUUUGACCCGAUCGGCUUCCUCUUUUAUCACGUCAGUGACGAGUCCGAGUCUUGCCGCCCAAACCGCGCGUCCGUCUCGUUCUUCUGAACCCAGGGCCGCGAAGUCGACGGGCGAGAAGCGGAAGCGAGCGAAAUCUCAUGCGCCUCCCGGUACCGCGCCCGCCUCUACCGACCUGACGGUGCGUAUCAAGAAACUCGUCAAAAAUGGCGAAAAAAAACUCGAAAAAGCCUUCUCCUUCGGCGACAACGGGGAGUCGACGAAGAAAAAGGUGAAGAAACGGGUGCAGAAUGGGGUGGACUCCGUGAAGAAGACGGGCGGAGAUUUGCAUGAGGGAGGGAAGAAAGUAGUCCGAAAAACGAAGAAAAAAGUCAAAGAAAAUCUUGACGUGGUCAUCGACAAGGUCCAGGAUACGGCGGAUGGUGCAAAUGCUCAUGUCGUUGGAGCAGCAGCGGCUGGUGGAGCGGCGAUAGGAGCCACCGGAGCUGCUUUGAACCACGCCGUCUCCGACAUCUUGUCCGAUAAGGAGAAUGAUGACCAUGCCCACAAGAUCGACGAUCAUGCUCACGAAGUAGAGCACCAUUCUGAGGUGGUGAUCGACGAGGUCGCAGGCGGAUCCGACUCUUCCCGACGUACCCUCGUCCUCUCGCGUAAUGGGAAGCCGGAGCAC